GUGGUGGUCGUGAUGCUGCUGCUGCUGCUGUGACGAUGACACAGCGUCAUAACACGACGCUCGUCCGUCCGUGCGCGAUUUAACCCGAAUCGUUACGCCAGCGGCGUAAAGUGUUUUUUGUACGGCGAGCGCGUUCGCGCCAUAUUACCGAUCGAGCCGACUCCAGACGAGUCGAGCCGAGCCAUCCGCCGAGCAGUUGAGUGCGAUUAACCGCGUAGUACGUAGUCAGUGUCGAGGGAGAUGGCUCGCCGCCCGGCUGUGUGAGAUCCGCGGAAUCGUGUUGCGUGACGUUGUCGUUUUCUUUUCCGUCUCUCUCUCUCUCUUUCUCCCCCUCUUUCUCUCUCUCUCUCUCUCUCUUUCUUUCUCUCUCCCCCUCUCUUCGGCGGUCUUUCGGCGAUAGUGGUGCUACCCACACGAUGACAUAAUUGAGUGCGCGUUGUCGUCGUCUGUUGGUGCAUUCGUUGUCGAGUGUAACGCGACUCGGUCAGGACGAAGUGACCGUGAAUGUAAAACGUGAGUUGGACCGUGGCAUUGACACGACCUACUACUACUGCUGCCGCUGCUAUUACUACUACUACUACUACUACUGCUACUACUACUACUACUACUACUACUGCUGCUAUUACUCUUCUACUCUACUCGUUCUAGUGUUGACUUUUUACCACGACGCGAAAUAUUUUUUUCGGCAAGGCAGCGUGUGCAGUGCAGCGUUCUUCUCGUACUUCGCUCCGAUUUGUCGUCGCGACGCGCACCGUGUGCAGCGGGAGCGCGUGUGUGCUGUCGGGAAUCUUCGGCUCGUUGAUUUCGCACCGCUUUUCGCGUCGCGGCGGUGUCGCGAACGGGUAACGGCGGCGGCGGCGGCGGACCGUCACCUUGAGCCGCUCCGCCGAGACCUUGCGCGCAACAUUCUCGCGGUCUCUCCGGCGGCGACGACGACGACGACGACGACGACGACGCUCGACGGAGACGCAAUUCGCCUCGAUAAAAGAGCGAAGCCGGCCCGCGACCUUGCUCGACGCGUUUCGCCUGGCGGCCGAUCGGAGGGCACUGGUCGUUCGUCGAUUCGCCGACAUGCUACGCAAUUACGAAUCGCCGCUCGGUGGAACGCAACGCUCGCUCGCGCGCCCAGCAGAGGAGGAGCCGUCCGCCGCGUCGCCGGCGAGGAGCGCUGAGUCGCGAAGACGAUACUUGUGAGAGGAGAGAAGCGAGCGAAGGAGCCGGCCCCGGAUGGCGGCAUCUCGAAUCGCGAUCGCGUUCGCGUGUGUCAACGUACUCCGACCUGCGACAUUUUAACGAGAGCGUGCGACGUUUCAGCUCGCUCCGCUCCGGAAGGCUCAGGAAAGACGAAGGAGCGACGAGAAGAGCGACGACGCGCGCGCGAGAGGCAAGGAGAAGGCUUGCCCGAUCGUCGCCUCUCGGACUGUCGCGCCGAGCAGAGCGGAGGAGCAGCAGCACGCCGGUGUCGCGGCGCGUCUCGCGCCAUGCCCGGCGCGGCGAUCCCCGCCGCGUCAAGGAGGUUAGACGGCCAUUGACCGGCGAGCGGCAGCGGCAGCGGCAGCGGCAGCGACAGCGGCAGCGUGUUGUAGUACGCGCGCCAAAUACGCGCCGGCUCUGAAAGACGACAGUGACAACGACGUGCGUGCGUGCGUACGCGAUUAUCUUCUAACAAUCUGUCGUUUGACCGUCGUCUCAGCCAACGAGGGCGCUCCCAGGGCCAGGAUCAUCUACGUCAUCGCGACGUGUCAGCCGGCUGCUCCAUCGACAUACCCGCGGAUAUUUACGUGAGUGUGGUCGAGCGCGCGCGCAAUCGGUGGGAUUAUGUCGCGCUACGAGAGUCGUAGCGGCGAGAAACGCAACAACGGGACGAGGAACACCGCCGGCGACAUCGGCGAGCACGCGACUCGGGCACCGCGAACCUCAUCGUCGAGCCGCCGCGCCCGCUCGACGACGGUGCCGAGCGCUUAAGAAUCGUGCACCCGCUCGCGGAGGAUGCGGCAGUACCAUCACCCGCCGGUGUCCCCACGUAGGCGAGCUACGUGCCACGUCGUGCCAGUGAUGUUGUCGUGGGUGUCGUCGGGGUCAUCCGCAGCGCUGCUGGACCUGGACCAUGGCCGGCAAGCCUGAGCAGCCGUCCACGCUCCCUGCUCCCCCGAAUCACGGCCAUCAUCAUCAGCAUCAUCACCCGCAGCAGCAGCAGCAGCAGCAACAAGUGCAACAGCAACAACAGCAACAACAUCAGCAGGCUCUACAGCAGAACAGCGUUCUGGUGUACGUGUCGGGGGAGAACUUCGCGUACGCCACGGCGGUGGGUCAGAAUGUCGCCGCGACCGCUGCUGCCGCUAUCGCGGUCGGUUAUCAGUCGCCGCAGCAGACGACGUACGCCGGCAUCCUGCAGACGCCGCAGGUGGCGACGGCGGCGGCGACAUUUCCCGCCAAAACCGCCGUAUACUGUGCCUCCGACGGCACCGGCGUUGGCGGCGGCGGCGGCGGCAGCAACGGCGUUGGUAGUGGAGGAGGAGGAGGAGGAGGAGGAGGGAUCGUAGGAAGCAACAACAGCGCGGCCGGUUGUUGCCGUUUGAAGCAGCAGCCGUCGCUCGAGUACACGACGGCGAGCGCAGUGACCGUCCCGGACCCCAGUGACUCCAGGCGAACGUCCUUGGCCGGCAACGACGACGACGAGGAUUACGUGAUGCUGUACCGACAGGCCAGCCUGGGGCAGUCGGCGACGACGUGCUGCGCGACCGCGGCCACGACGACGGCGAUGAUGACGCGCGUGGCGCCGUCGCGGGAGAGCAAGCUACCGACGGCAACGGCGGACAACGACUCGGUGACCGCGACGACGGCGGAUACUCUCGGUACCGCCAACGACGUCUUGUCCGCGAAGACGUACCAGCAGACGCGACUUCACCACGGCGACGCGUACCCGUCCGCGAGAAUGAGCGCCGCCGACUACAACGCGAGCGCGGUCGGUAGAAUCGUCGCGCGCGCGAACUCCGCCGACGGCGGAGGCGGCUGCGUCGGCCUCCUCGGCGACGACGGUUGCGUCGCGUACGCGCCGCAGACCACGGGCAACGGUGUUGUACUUCAGAGCGCCGGCGAGCAACAGGCGACGGGGAUCGUGUUGGACGACAAGGGUCGGCAGGACACUUUCGAUGGCCAGACCGCCUCCUCGCUCACGGCAACGGCGGCGGCCGCUGUCGGCGAUGGUGCCGUCGCGACCGUCUGCGACUCGGUCAGGCCCGACACCGCCGGCGAGUCGUCGUCGUCGUCGUCGUCGUCGUCGUCGUCGUCGUCGUCGUCGUCGUCGUCGUCGUCGUCGUCGUCGUCGUCGUCAUCGUCGUCGACGACAACCACGACGACGGCGUACAGUAGCCUGAGCAGCCCCGAGAGCCAGAGUCAUCUUCAUCAUCAGCCGGGACAAGACGGUCUAACGGCGAACAAUCAUCAUGCCGGCGGUGCGGCGUGUGCGCAGCAGGCUGUGCGACAGCAGCCGUCGUGUGUUAACGGUAAUAACAAUAACGGUGGUAACAGUGCGCAACAUAACGUGGUGUUGACAAUGAACGGCGGUAGUGCGGUGGUUGCGCAACAACAACAGCAGCAGCAGCAGCAGUCGCAGCAACAGCAGCAACAGCAGUCGGUGAUCAGCGUGCCACGUGGGUGGAAAAGGAUAUGCACCAAUGGGGUCAUCAUUUAUAUCAGUCCAAGCAGUACGGCGCUGGGUUCGCUGGACCAACUGAAGGAGUAUCUGACGACAGUGGGAACCUGCAAAUGUGGCCUCGAGUGCCCGUUCAGGCCCGAGCAUGUCUUCAACUUCGACCCCAAGGUUGCGACACGACCUUGGAGCCCGGAUCAGGGCAAGACGCGGGAGAUGACCAAGCUCUGCAACCAUAAGAGGAAACUUCUGCUGCCGGCUGCGGCCGCCAGUCCUGUUGCGUCCUGUACACCGGCGGUCUCAUCGUCGACUUUAUCUUCUGGCCCGACUACGGCCCCGAUUCACGCGAACGCCGACUCGCCCACGUCGUCGGAGAAAACCAGAAAAGAUGGUCACAGCAAGAAGAAGAAGAGGAAACUAGGAGGCAUAGGCGGCAUUUAUUCCGGCGUCUCGGUUUCGCAACUUCUGGCACAACGGGAGAGAGCUAUUGCCGCGGUCGCGGCAUCUGGAGUUCAAGGUUCACCGGUGCCUAAUGGAUCGCAGGUAUGGCCAAUCGCGAUCCCGAAUCUGCAGGUCCAGCAAAACGGCCAACAAAUCUGCCAUCAGUCUUUAAAUUCGCCUUCUCAGAAUCACGAUGUGAAUAAUUGUACAAGAAACCCUCAGCAGAGGUUAAAUCAGCACAAUAUGUCGGGCAUGCUGAUGGGCAACCCGUUGGUUAUGAAUCAGCAGGGAACAAACUUGAACAAUAUGACUCAGCAGCAGAUUCUCCAGCAACAACAUCAGCAACUAAUUUUGCAACAGCAGCAGCAGCAGCAACAGCAGCAGCAGCAACAGCAACAGCAGCAGCAGCAGCAGCAGCAGCUUAUUCAGCAGCAUAUAUCGCAACAGCAGCAGCAGCCACAGCAACUGCUGCCUCAUCAGCAACAGUUGCAACACAUGCAAAUCUUGCAACAGCAACAAGAACCGCAGCAGCAUCAAAACGCGGUAGUGAAUCAUUUGGCGCAACAGCAAGCUCCUCACUACGUCAGUCAACUGAAUCAGCAGCCGUUGCAUGUAAUGCAACAACAACAGCAACAGCAGCAGCAACAGCAACACUUGAAUCAACAGCAGCAGCAGCAGCUGCAUUUGCAACAGAUUCAAAAGCACAACAUGCAGCAGCAGCAGCAACAGCAACACUUGACUCAGGAAGUAGAUCAGCAGCAGUCGGGUAAUUACAACCCUCAACAUCCUGCCGAGAAUUACGUGCAUCACAUGCAGUCUGCGCAGCUGCCGAAUCAAACCACUCUUCAUCCGCAACUUCAUCAACUUCACCAGCAUCAAAUGCAACAGCAGCAGCAGCAGCAGCAGCAGCAGCAGCAACAGCAGCAGCAGCAGCAACCAAAUCAGCACACUAUGCAACCCCAAUCGACGGAUCCCUUCCAAAUGCAGAUUCAACAGUUACAACAGCAACAGCAGCAACAUCAGCAACAACUGUCGCAGGUGUGCAUUCAGCCGCAGUAUUCGAACCAGCAAAUGAAUCAUCACUCUGUGGAUGUCAUGCAACAGCAGCAGCAAGGCUCCGCUGUCAUGACCAACGUCAACACCACGGACAUUCAAAACAGGCACAACCGAGCGCCAUCGGUCACCGACGAAGAUCUAAACGUCAAACAGUUGCAGCAACAACAGCAGCAGCAGCAGCAACAACAGCAACAGCAGCAGCAGCAACUCUUGUUGCAUAAUUCGAUGCAGCGACAUCACGUGAUCCAGAAUGGCGGCUUGCAAAGUAAUCCUCAUGAGAAUGUCCAACGGAUGUACACGCAGAAUCAAGUACAAUAUCCGGUGAGAAACUUCGAUCCUUCCAAGGGAACGAGUGCAGACGGCAAGAUGGGACAUCAGCAGCAAUUCGUUCUGUCGAAUCACGCGGGAAGAAGCCCGAACGCCAGUCACGCCGUCGAGGCGCAGUCUGGUAUGGGACCAAACGGGCAGCCCGGCAACAUGCAUUUCAACAACAGAACGCCACCGUGGCAGCAAAAUCGCCCCGCGGUCGUGUCCCAUCAGCCGUCCGUCGUCACGGUGCAGAAUAUCAACUGCAAUUCGUUCGAUCGCGUGCCACCUCUCCAUCAUCACAUUCCACAGGCCUCCACCUGGACCGACGAGGCCGCGCGGAAGAAGGCCAAGUCGACUAAAGUGAUCGCGAAGAAGCAACGCCAGCACGGCGUUGCCGAGUCGAGAGCGAACAACGGUCUGGAGCACUCGACGCCGAGUCCGGUGGACGAGUUCAGCGAGAAGAAUCAGCAGAAUAACGGUCAGAUAGGUACAACGUUUAAUAACAGCGGUCCUUCGUUCCUAGAGGAUCCCAGCGGAUACCUCGCCCAGCAGACGGCGCUGCUAAAUAGUACGAUAUCGAGGCAGACUGGUGUUAGUAGCUCUCAAAUGGGGUUGAUGAACAAUAAUCCAAAGUCGUCGCCUCAAACCAGUCACGGCAUGCAUGUGCCUAACAACAGCAACGCCUAUCUUCCUCAACCAAAGCCUUCCUCAAUCGCCAGCCCUACGAGUACCUCGUCGUUCACUUCCGUAAAGAAUCACGCGACCUCGCCGGUCGUCGUGCAUAGCAGUAUGACGCCGACGUCGAGCAACAGCGGCACCGACUCCGAGAGCAGUCCGUGUCAAGGUUGCGUCACCAGCGCCGACACUCAAUCCUACAUUCAGGAUCAGUAUAAGCAGCAGAUGCACCGGCAGUACCUGAUGCACACGGAUCAGCGCGAAGAUCCGGUCACGUCGUCGACGUUCGGCGAGAGGUAUCAGACGAGCCAACAGCAGCAGGCCGACUCCAGGCCGAUCCAAGGCGGCACUGUUAGUACCAGCCACGGAUCUCCAAUCGGCACAAACAGUCCCGCGAAUUCGGACACGCCGGCGGCCUCUACACCCGGCAUCUCGCAGCCGGCGACGCCUCAGAGUCUCAUCUCAUCGCAGCCGUCGACGCCGCAUAGUUACUCGCAACCACCGACGCCUCAUUCGCAUGUCUCGGGUCAGAUGCCGCCGCAGACGCUGACUCCGCAGGCGCAACAGCCGUCGCAGUCGUUAAUCAGUGGCGGUAUGCAGGAACAGAGGUCCGAGACUCCGUGUUCCGGCACGAUGAGCUCCAGCGGCAUUCCACCUAGCACCUCGCCGUCCCAAACAUCCUCCUCUACGUCGGACAAUUUGGCGCCUCAGGUGAAACGACAAAUAACGACCAGGCAAAAUUCCCUCGACGGCUAUCAACCUCACCCGCAUACCGUCAACGCCGUGUCCAGGAUACCCAUCAACACCUUCGGCGGUGCAUCAUCCGUGAUAACGACUAUGGCGAGUAGUCAUACGGUCAGCAGUAACACUAUCACGUCGGUCUUAGCGGGCAGGGCGAAUACCGCCACCGUUUCCAUAAACACACCGUCUGCGAUACCGAAUCCCGCUCUGCCGAAUCUUCUGCCGAACAAGCCGCAACAUCAGGCACAGUCCACUACUACGUUGGGGAAUGUAGUAUCGGGCACUACGGUUACUACUCAUUCCUCCGUGCCGCAUAAUCAAUCGUCGACGAUGAGCGUGUCAAAGUCGCCACUCGAGAUGGUUCAGAGCGUUGUCAGUAGUAUACAAGUACCUCAGGCGAGCACGAAUUCGUUAGUGCAGCCACAAACGCAGCAGCAACAACAACACCAUCACCACCACCAGCAGCAGCAGCAGCAGCACCAACAACAACAACAACAACAACAACAACAACAACAACAACAACAUCAGCAGCAGCAGCAGCAGCAACAGCAGCAGCAACAGCAGCAGCAACAGCAGCAGCAGCAGCAACAGCAACAGCAACAUCCUCAGACCAAUGUUCAAGUUCAUAAUGUCCUCACUUCCGGAGGGAUAUUGAAGCAUCCAGCCGGAUCGACGUUACCACCUGGUCAUAUACUGGUGUCCAGCGGUGGUCAACUCAUAAUGGCGAGCACUGGGUCGGCUAUUAACGGUGUCAUGGCGCCUCCACCACCGAAAAUCAUUUCCAACGCUAAUUCUAUGCCUCCGUUGUCGGUGUCCCCGAUGGUUACCAGCGUGACCGGUGCCGUCAGCCAGGUUAUCCCUGCGGUAGGGGUAGCUCAGCAAGUGAUAGGGCAACCGACGGUACUGGUGAACACUAUACAGACGCCGGUGUUGAUACAACCCAGCGUGAUGACGAUGGAUGGCAUCAGUCAGAACGUACAGAUACCACAUCUGACGGUCGCCACCGGCAACGUCAUACAGAACACUCAGUCGAUCCUCGACGCGAAUCAGGACGUUUCCCGAACGGUCGGCGCUAAUCAAGGCAUGAUGAGUCGGCAGCCGGCGUUGUUGUCUCCGGAGUCGGCGAUGACGAAGAAGAAGGCGUACAAGAAGCGCAAGACGAAUCCCCAAACUGUGGCGUCCAUGUUACACAUCGCCUCUUCCCAGCAGAACGCCGGCAUGCUGAUGCAAUCGCAGUCUAACUUUGCGCAACAGAACUUCCAGGCUCAAAGCAUAGGCGGACCCAUGCUGCAGGCGCUCACCAUCGUGCCUGGUAAGGGCGGGGCACCGGCGCAACUGGUCAUGAACGGUCAGACCGGCGCCGCGUCCGCACAAUUCAACGCCCAGCAGAUAAUCACGAAUCCUCAACCGGCCCAGCAAAUCAAUCUCCUCCAACCGGUGAAUCUGUUGAACGGUGCGACCGGAAUGGUUCAGAAUUUUCCUACCAUUCAGCAGUUUAUCGUGCCGGGCUUAGGCAGCAUGGUCAUGUCCGCUGACGGGACGGCCACGUUGCUACAGGACACGGGGAACAUCGGAAUGCAGCUGCAGAUACAGAACGUCAACGGUCAGAACGUGCUGACGCCGGUGCAGAGUCACGGCGGCAUAUUCAACCCGAGUCAAAGUAUAUUGGCCGCCGGUCCAGCCGGUAUGGUGAUCAGGGCGCCGCAAGCGACCAGCGGCAAAAUCAUUCAGCAGCACAGUCCGGGAGCGCAGUUCUUGUCGCCGAAUAGCGGUCAGUUCUUGGUGAACGGGACGACGUCCUUCGGUAAUCAGCUGAGCCCGAUAGUGGCGAAUGUCAGCCCGAAUCAGCAGGUGACGUUCAACACCUCGCAAGUACGGCCGCCGAACAUGCAGGGCCAGCAGGAGUUCAUACAGAUGAACGGGCAAACGCUCAUGGUACCUUGCGCAACCGCGCAGAAUAUCGCCGUUUCCUCAGCAUCAAAUCAGCAGAACACGACUUUCGUCCAGCAGAACACGACGAUCGUGCAGCAACAGACGACCAUGGUGUCGAAUAAUCAGAUACCGAAUUUUCAAGGCGCGGCUUCCAACGGCGGACAAGCCGUCGACCCGUCUUUGAAUCUUGACCACAAUCAGUCGUACAUCCUGAGCUCCGGCAUGAUUCAGGGAAAGACGUCGUCCUCGCCUAAGAGUGGCGUGAACUCGCCGUCGUCCGAUCAGAACAUGGAGCAACAGCAAUACGUGCUCGCGAGCAGCAGCACAACCGUCGUGGAGAAGACGGCUUCGCAGAACGAGCAGCACAGUCCGCUGAUGGCAAGGCAUUCCGUGUCGACUCAGACGGCCGGGAAUCAGACGAACGUGGCGCAAUCGGCGAUGAUGCGGCAAGGGUCGCCUCCCGACACGACCACUCAUAGUCCAGGAAACAGCCAGAGGUCGAACAGUCCGGCCGUGGACACCACUACCCAUGGCGCUGCUUCACCAGCACCCCCCAUCACCGCUAGACAUCACUCGUCAUCUACGCCUAUGGUUCAUUGCGUUUCGAGCAGCGAACCGGACUCGGGCGACGCACAGAUCGCGUCGGAGGAUUGGAGAAUUCAGGGUAUCACCACCAAGGAGAUCACAUUGAAUCAACCGAGUCUGCACGGAAAGACCUACGUGGAGUCGACGGUGACCACUGGGAUCCAGAUCUAUACGUCAGAGACGUUGAAGCAAGCCGAAGGUGUGGUGAGCACGGUGAGGUGCGAGGGCAGGGAACAUGCCCUCGGCCGCGGAAUCAAGCGAAAGCUGGACUCCAUCCAUUCCAUGCAUUCUACUCUGCAUGAAGACCAAGAUGUACCCGAGACAAAGGACGUAGACGACGGGAACCAAUGGAAACUGAUGGUCGGUGAACUAGUGUGGGGCGCAGCAAGAGGAAGUCCGGCCUGGCCGGGGAAAGUCGAGUCUUUGGGCCCUCCGGGUACAAUGACGGUUUGGGUCCGAUGGUACGGGGGCGGGGGCAAUCGCACCCAGGUCAAUGUCAAGACCCUCAAGUCCCUCUCGGAAGGCCUCGAGGCGCAUCAUCGCGCCCGUAAAAAGUUUAGGAAAAGUCGUAAAUUGAAUAUGCAAUUGGAAAACGCGAUACAAGAGGCGAUGGCGGAACUGGACAAGAUGACGGAGGCUUCCAGCGAGCAGAAAAAUAUGAAAAAGUCGCCGAAGGUGACCUCGCUGCCGGCAACCAGCUCGAAAGGUGUCAAUGGCGCCGGCAAGUCGGAGGCCAAGAGAUCGUCCAAGAGGUCCGUGGCUACCGUGGAUCAUGCGAAAGCCGAACAGAAACAAUGCCGGUGAUCCAUGCCGAUCAUGAUCGGCGCGAACGCAACCGGCAGUUGACGACUCGCUCGUCGUCGAGACCGCGAGGGUCGAACAUCGUCGCGCAGAAAUGUAAUUAACCAGCUUUCAGUUUAAUCAAUUAGCCGAUGAAUUGGACGACGAAUUAUUAGACACGUCCCCGAUGAAUCACCGACGAUCAAUUUCUCUACGCUUCGAUCGCGCUCGCGAGUCGUUAUAACUCGCAGCCUUUCGGUCGCGUCCGAAUUCGUGUUGUGUUGUCAAUAUGCAAAGCGUAUCGCGUGUUUCAAAACCGACUAUCAAUCGCUUAGAAGCAAUCGCGACGCGGCUACAAUUUCGCGCGGUCGAUAUGGAUUUCAUCGUUUGUUACGAUUCCGACACGAUGGCUCAAGCGAGAGAUCCAUUGAAGCGUGAAAAAGUAUGCGAGACGUCACGGCGCAUAAAAAAUGUUGCGUAUAGCCCAGCCCGAGCGUAUCGCAUACCGAACCACGGUGAUCGCUGUGAUUUACUGCUCUCGAACAGUCAAAGACACUUCGGAAUCAUCGGGAGGAUAAAAUCCUCCCGAUGAUUCCGAAGCGAGAUUGCGCACACAAUCUUGCUUCUGAACGUUGCAACUUUUUGCCAUUUAUACAGCUUAACUAAUACGCUUCGGGACGCUCGUCCGGGUAUCAUCCGACUAUACAGAGAGCGUCUCUGAGAAUUAUAAUCAAAAGUACGUCUAUGAUUUAUUCGAGCGAGAGAGAGAGAGAGAGAGAGAGAGAGAGAGAGAGAGAGAGAGAGAGAGAGAGAGAGAGAGAGAGAGAGAGAGAGAGAGAGAAAGAGUUUUCCGCGAUUCCUCUCGGACGCGAAAACGACGAGUCGUGGGAACGCGACGUUAAAUACACAAUCGUAUUGCAACACGGUCUCUCUCACGCGUGAGAGUGGCAAUCGUGAGUGUGUUUUUCUUUCCCGUAAAUUUGCCGACGAAGCCUAAGUAGCAUAGAAGUAAGCAUCAUCGGUUGCAACAUCCUCAGUGUAUUAUUCUGUUUGCGACCAGGGGCGUCCGUUUCAUGGGCGAACGUUCGAGCGUGUAAAAUUGCAGUUGCGUGAUUAAUAGCGAGAUACAGUGAGAAACACUACGGCCGACUUACCGUUAUAUACGAGAUAGGCCUAUGCCGGUAUAUGCGUUCUUAGAUUAUUUAUCCCUACAUAUGUGUAUGUAACCGCGUACAGAGAGGAAGAGAGACGAAGAGAAAGAGAGAGAGAGAGAGAGAGAGAGAGAGAGGGAACAAGACGAUGGAGCGAUAGUUUUCCACAGACGUUUUUUCAGCCGGUAGAAGCAGAUUCGCGAUCGUAUUUAUCGUAGGAUCGCAUGGUUUUGUCAUGCGAGCGUUUUACUCAUCAACGAUUACUCGUCCGCAGAUUCCGUGGAUGCGAAGUGAGAGAGACGAGAGAGACGGCGUUUCGUACGCGAAUGCAUUUUAUGGUGCGAUGUGUAUCGAGCGAUCUCUCAGUUACGCGCCGUAUCUUUGCAGUUUUUACGCACGCGAUUCGGAAUCAUGGGUGUUUCCUAAGAGAGUAACGUUACUCGCCCGUACUCGAGAGCGAUCGUAAGCACACACAUACACACACUCACACACACUCACACGAGUAUAGUUUUAAAAAGAUAUUUUUGCGAAGGAACCUCAUUACACAUUACCCAUAGAGAGUAACGCAUUUUUUUAGACGGCUAUACACACACAUACGGAACGCGAAAGACAUUAUUUUAUCGUGAUAACGCCGGGCUACGCUGGCUCGUUGGACCGUUUUAAACCUACGUAUCCGCUACGUAUUCUCGCAGGGCGCUCUUGACCUGCGUGACCAUUUUUUUCAACAAUGUUCCUCGAACUCUGUAGACUGGGAGCACGCUGUGACUGAAUAAUUGACGGGUCGAUUUUGUACAUAGUAACGAAGCAAUCGGAAACCGCCGCAAAGCGCGGUUUUUAACUGGCAGACGCGAGCAACUGAUUUUUAAUCGUUGGUUUAAAUUAAUCCAAAUUUCCCAACGUCACGGCGUAUUUGUUACGUGAUAUGUAAGAAAUUCUUAUUCGUGAGCCUGAACCUCUAGAUCGUUUGGAAAAAGACAGAAACAGUCACGUAAUGCUAACAGUAAAUUAAUCGACAAGUGGAAUUUCGACGAAUAAGAUUUAGAAUGUAUCUCGCCAACUCCGGAUUCGUUUGCUUUUCGUUCUCCUCCUUUGUAAUUAUUCGAUUAUUUUUUCCCCAUUGUAAUUACAAGGUCAAAAAUGUCGGUUCAAGUUUUGAGUAUCGUCAGGAUAACUCGGACACGUUCGCACAUACGAUAGACAAUAAAAUAGAUGCAAGUAUCAAAAUGGGAUCGCGCGAUUCUUGAUUCACGUUUAUCGCGACGUUUGAUUCCCUCGAUGUUUGAUUUCCUCGAGGAACGCACGCAUGCGUUCUGAAUCCUGAUCGGUGUCGAAAAGAAUAAGCGCCGAAAACGUUCGCUGUAACCGCACUGCGAUCGCGUAAAAACACUUAACUACAAAACGGGUCCGUACAGACUUUUUAGUGUUAUACUACGCCUGUAAAUACGUCAACGGUGACGAUAUCGUCGUAAUAACGAAUAUAGCGCAGAUGUGGCGGGAAGGCCGACAGUAACGAGUUUACGAGUAGAUCGUUUAGCCGAGCACGUACGCAACGAGUUCGUAAACUCGGGUUUGCUCGUGCGAUUGAAUCCGAGCUAUCAGCUAUAUCAAAAGAAAAUUGCUUCACGUCACCGUGUACCCGCGACGUUGACGUCGCGUACCUUUCGCGAAGUCUCGUUUAAUCCAAUCUUUUUUUUUUUUUGCGAAACGGAGAAAGUUCUUCAAUUCAUAUCCUGCUACUUUCAAGCGAUUUUCAAUUUUCAUUUGUAUGAAAAGAUUUUCAGAGUUUGCCAAGUUUACUCAGAAUAUUUUCCUUUUUACACCGUGUUAAUCUUUCCCGCGACGGUGAAGUUUGACGAAUGUAUAUCUUGUAUAUCAAGCUGUAAAACGAGAUUCACGGUUAACCCGAUUUCCCUAUGAUUUCGUCUUAGGCCACUUUUAUAAUCGUCAGCGCGACAUGUAGGUCAUCUAGAUGCUUGUGUAAAUAUCAGGGGCUUGUAAAAGUACGUCGGAUUGUCAAUAAUCUCAUUGGCUCGCGAGAUGAGUCGUCUUGCGCGAGGUCAGACGCGAAGUCAGACGCGAUUAUCUAAAAGGUGUAGGGCGCGAGAAAUAGGACGGGUAACGACGGCGGAUAAUCCGACACAUGUAUGUAUCGCUUCGUUACUAUUAAUAAAAAACGAAGCAUGACUAAAAAUUCAACGAACUUUGUCUCGCAAGCUCCUAAUAUCACAAGCGAAUUUCCCAGUGCGCGCGCCUCUACUUAAGGACAAUUAUAUCAAAAUAAAUCAAAAGCACGCGAUAUCACAUAUAUUUACCGGCUAAGUUUCAUAAAUACAAAAAAAAGAAGGGAAGAAAGGAUCUUCGACACACAAAGGAGAAUCGUAUUCUCGCUUCACGUGACACGGUUCGUAGCGUUUCGUCGUGACCAAGCACGUUGCAUACGCACAUGCGACGCGACGUUUUAUUUGAUAAAUGGCGAAAGACAUAUCACUGGCCGCGAACGAAACAAAAGACUUUUCGAUAUCUGCACAUUUUCAAUAAAACGUACUGUGCUAAAAUAAAAUAAAAAAUAAUAUAAAAUAAAAAAGGGAAAAAUAAGUCAUAGAGACAGGAUUUAAAUACGUAAAUGGCUGGCAUCGCUGUACACGUACAUAACACACGACGGGACCGUUUAAAGUUAAGGUAAAUUUAAUUUCACCCGAUUUUCUUCGCUCCAACUCGUCUCGGAUAUUCGAGCGUUGUUUUCGCAAAUCUCAGCGUGCCUAAGAAAUUUGUAGCAAAAUUAAUAGCAAUAUGAGAAACUAUAUAUUUUAAAGUGAGAUAAACUGAUUGUGCUAAUUAUCUAUAAGUGAUCCAUGUACAAUUUUCACGAUAAUUCAGCUACUCUCGAUAAUAUUGAAUUUCUUUAAUUUCUCUACAAUAUUAUGCAACAUGAUGCAUGCUGAGAAAUAAUUAUUGACAGUCUUCACGUAGUAGCUUUAUAGUAUUCACGCGCGUUUCUCCAUGAGAGAUGAUAAUCGAGACGAACGUGUUUUUUCUUCGAGUAGCUCUCAGUUUCGUCGACUUUUGCGAGAAGGACACUCGAUACUCGGCGCGUAGCUCUCUUCGCUAGUUUUUCUCUUCUAGGAUCAAUGUGAACCACAGCUUGCCGAGAGUACUUCUCCCUUCGCUCUUUCGAGCGUAAAAUGCGAGGGUGACCGUAACUUAAAAACCAGUGAAAACUUACCUCAGUGACAUGUACGCGAGAAUCAAACGUCUUAAAAAAGAAAAAAAAAGAAGAGAAGAAGAAGAAGAAGAAGAAGAAGAAGAAGAAAGAAUCGAGAAUAUAUACUGUAGUGCCGAUGUCCUUUGUAUAUUUUCCAUGAUAUUGUAAAUAGAUAUACAUACGCCUUAUUGGUAAACCACGCCGUGCGACGUACGGUCGACGAGCGCCGUUAUUUAAUGCUAAUGCGAAUGUCGGCGAGCGGUGUUAAUUAAGUACACGAGCUGUCGAGCGAACGAUGUCGGGCGUGUAAUAACACACGUCUCCGUCAAUACACAGCGAAAAUUGUGGCUUCUAAU